AUGACUAACCCUUGCAAAGCCUUCACCAGUGGCUCCCUCUCCUCUUGGGAGGUGUCAGGCAAGAUGAGCAGAGGAAAAGCAGCCAGCACGUCCCCGGAUCGCCUGGGCCGCUGCAGUCCCAACGGGGUGGCCAGCAAUGGCUCUCUCAGCCUCCACGGAGAUGGCGGAUACCGAUGCUCCUCUUACUCCUCCUUCUCCAUUGAUGGGAGACUCCUGGCCCCUGUGCACCUCGAUAUCGACCCUGACUUCCAAGCCAUGCGGCAGCAGGAAAAAGAGGAUAUCAAGCUGCUCAACAACCAGUUCGUGACCCUAAUUGAGAAGGUCCAGUGCUUGGAGCAACAGAACAAGAUACUGACGACAAGGUGGAACUUCCUGAAGGAUCAAGACAAUUCCCACUCAGAGUCAGACAUCAAGGCCAUCUACGAUCAAUAUAUGAGCAAAAUGAAUCAAGAGAUGAAGGCGCUGAACUACGAGCAGGAAAAUCUCGAGUCGGAGCUGACAAAGGUCCUGAGCACCAUGGAUAACUUUCGAAGCAAAUAUGAGGAUGAAAUUCGCCUCUGUAGUGGCAUGGAAUACACCUUCAUGGAGCUCAAAAAGGAUUUAGAUGUGAGCUCCUUGCACAGAACUGAGCUGCAGGUAAAACUCAACGGGCUCCAAGAGCUGAUGGAUUUGAAGAAAACUAUCUAUGAGCAGGAACUCGAGGAGCUGUUGACAGAAAUUAAGGACAUUUCUGUUGUACUGGGAAUUGACAAUGCAUGCAAACUUGAUCUGAGCAGAAUUGUGGAAGAAGUGAGGGCCCAGUAUGAAGCCCUGGCUCUUCGGAGCUGGGAGGAGGCUGAAGCACUUACCAGGAGAAAGUUGAGUGAAGGAAGCACCCAAUCAAGCACCUAUGGGGGUCACCUCCUUGACAGCCGACGGGAGAUCGCAGACCUGAACAUACAGAUCCAGAAGCUGAGGUCCUGCAUCGUGUCCCAAAAAAGCCAGUGCCUGUACUUAGAGGAGCAUAUCAAAGAAGCAGGGGAGCACGGAGAGAUGGCCCUCAAGGAUGCCAAAGCCAAACUAGUCAAGCUAGAAGAAGCCCUGCAGAAGAGCAAGGAGGACAUGGCUCACCUGGUGAAAGAGUAUCAGGAGCUGAUGAACAUCAAGCUGGCACUGGAUGUGGAGAUCCUCACUUACAGGAAGCUGAUGGAAGGGGAGGAGAGCAGCAUGGAGCAACCGAUACCCACAAUCGUCAGCGCCGUCCACUCCAGGCCAAAGCACCUUUCUGCCAGCACCUUGAGAAACUCCAAGCUCUUUGCACAAGGAACAGGCAGCACCAACAGUGAGGUGAAGCCAAGUGGAGGCAGCACAAAGGUGCUGCCCACUAGAAGCCACAGUGACAACUCAGCAGACACCUUCAUCAGCAGUGGCCGGCCAAAGCUCAGUUCCCUGCCCACCGAAGAAUGCUCCUAGGAGAAACGGAGCCCCACAGCAUAAACACAAGACCUGUUGGCAUCUGUAGCCAAACGAGGCCAAAGCACUUUCUCCUGAACUCAAGCCAACGUCCGAGGGACAAAGGAUGAGAAUCCACUCCAGGCUGUCUCUUUUGUCUUCGCAACAUCCCAGUUAACAUCUCUGUUACCAGUUACGAGCAGAAUCCAACCCAGGAUUUUAGAGACUCCCCCAUUCAAAUACCCACGCCAACAUCUUCCUCCCUAGGUCUGUUUCCCCAGAGGAUUUGCAUUCACAACCUUUGAGAUCUACCUACAGGAAACUUGGCAAGCGGGGAAAGUAUCAGACACAAACUUUUAACGCAGCAGCCAGAAGCCACCGGCCCAGCCAUUUUACCAGUAUUACAAAAUCAUUCUCUCCCUGCUCUGUGCGUGUCUGAGAGGCGUUCAGUGAUGUGGCUUUCAAAGGAAGGCAGCAUCAAGCUUUCCAAACUGAGCUGGUGGGGAGAUGCAGGCAAACAACCUGAGCCAGGUGGAUCUGCAUACCUGGUGACAAACAUGCUGGCUAUACUGGGGGAUCCUUGGCCACUUCAGGGUAUUCAACUAAUUUUACUGCCUUUUGGUGGAGUCCUCAUUCCUUCCUAUGCCACCAAAUCUAAAACUCCUCAGAACUUUUAUUUUCAUAAGCCAUCUCUUUAGUGGAGAGCAUCUCUGCCUGUCUCGCCUAAAGGCACUCUGCACACAGUGGUGCUAGGUCCUAGAAAUGGGAUAUUUGCUGGUUCCUGUUUAACCACCACGAGCAGGACUUUGUAUUUAUUGACCUUACAUAGCAGCUUUUACCUUACCUGGCUGAUGCCAGCCAUGUCGCACUGAAGCUACCAGAGCCAACUCCGUAGAUGCCACGUCCCCCUGUGAGCAAGGUGGAGGGACGUUCUGGCCUCACCACAGGCGUUGCUGUGGCCCUCACGCACAGACUAACAUAGAUGGUGCCCUCCAGUAUUUUCCUUUAUGAGGCCAGGCUCUGGCCUCAGCUGCUGCCAUGCAGCCCCACUUGAAUUCCCAGAUUUUGAGUUCACAGGAGUUGUUAAUAGUCUCUCUGCAUAUUUCUGCUGAGUGCAUCGCAGUAUUUCCACAUUUCUCUAGGAUAGAC